GAAGCAUAAGUAGCAAACCGGAUAUUAUUCUCGACAAAACUUCCGGUUUGAUACGUUGUCCGAAAAAAAAAACCUUGUCACGAACAUAUGUUUAGAAAGAGAGACAGGGAGAUUGACAGAGAAGAAGUGCCGGAAAGACGGAUGUAUUUAUGAUAUGAGAUAUUAGCUGACUUAGUCUUGCCUACACCAACUCAAAGACAGAGGCGAAAGCAGAUACCAUGUUUAUCUACCAGACUAUGAUCAGCCGGACAAGCGAUGGCCUUCCUCUCUCUGCCAGUACUGACCGCAUAUCGCCUAGUAGUCAAUCUAAAAUCAACUUACAAGAAGGCUUUCAACAGUUAAAACUGGUUUGCAAAAGAGCUACACAUUUUGCCGAUAGGUGCAGCUACAUUGUAGGACCACUUGCCAUAUAUUUUAUUUCAGCUUUAAAUAUAACCUAUUCUGUAUUGUGUGAUGUCUCUUAUCCCUCUGUCUUGGCCUUCUCCUUCCUCAACGAUGUCCAGAGGGAAUUUCUGUUGGAUUAUGACAAAAGCAAAGUUGAUGCUGCACUCAGGCCAUAUUCAUUAAUAGCUUUCGAUACCAAAUUACAGAAAAUCAAAUCCAAGUACAACAACCCCAGAUCUUUAACAACAAGAUUAAACCUGUCAGAGCUGAGUCAAGAGAUCAAAUUACGUCCACCAUUCCAGAUCUCUGCCCAUCAAAUUCAGCCUGAAUUGCUUAAUGAUAAGAAAAAUGGUGCAGUCCUUUCUCGCUAUGUUUCAGCUGGAAUUGGUGGCCGUUACAUUCCUUUGGGUGUUUCCGGUUGCACUGCUCUCUUUAUGUCAGCUCUGUGCAGUGCCCUGCAUUUACUCCAUGGAUUUAAUGUGCUUGGUACAGGAGUUGUAGAUGUCUAUGAUGAAGAUUUCACACAAUACGCAGCUGCAUUUUUUAUAUCCUUUUUUUUAACAGGUUUCCAGAUUUACCUAAUGUUAGUUCCAGUAAAGAAGAAGACUGCCUUGGCUGGAGCAACUCUUGCCAGUAUUUGUUUAUGUCAAUUAUACGUCUGGGAAUACAAGAACAGUAUCAUUGCUACAUUAUUUUAUGUGGCUGUAGCUUCAUUCACAACGUUUAUUAUCUGUACACGGAGGCUCGAAGAGAAACAGAAACAAUACAUGCUGUAGAAUGGGUUGGCAUGCAAUAUAGAUUGUACGCAUUAUAUAUGUACAUGUUUAAAUUAUAUACACAUAUUUACAUAUAUAUUUGUGUGUGUGUGUGUGUGUGUGCGUGUGCAUGUGAAUAUAUAUAUAUAUAUCAUCAUUUGGGACAUG